AGUCUGAUAUUUUUAUAAGUUUUAUAAUGUUGUCUCGUCGCGAUAAGUUACUGAUACAGCCCUGGGAGGACCGCAGGUUCCGGGAUCACAGGUAUAAGGUACAAUCCGUGCUCCCCACCGUGGACACGGGCCCGCCGGCGCCGCGCCCGCACGUGGCGGUCAAGCUGAAGAAGUGGCGGCGCGAGCUGGACCGCACCGAGCAAGUCCGCCGCGACAACGCCGCGCUGCUGCAGAGAUUGGGGGCCAUCAUGAGGGUUAACAGGCUGGAUAAUCAUUGGGAGAAGCCGUUGCCUAGCCUCCACCAGAAAGUGGGUUUGUUCAUGGACGCGGACGCGCUGCGCUCGCGGCUGGCGCGCGCCUCCUCCAGUGCCGGUGACGUCACGAGCGUCCCGGUGAGGUGCCUGGCGUGCCAUGUCAAUAAGAAGACAUCGGAGUACAACAAGAAGAUGUACAGCAACGGCCGUGACUACUCGCUGUCAUUGCCCUCUAUUUACUAA